AUGAGUAUGGAGACUAAAAGAUUACUUAUAAUAGACAAUGUAGAAGACCAGGAAGAAGAAAAAGAUCGCGAAGAAGAAGAUGAAUAUGACGAAGAACAAGAAUCAGAACAAGAGCUAUAUAAGGCAGGAUGCAACGAAGAUGAAGAUGACGAAGAAUGGUCUGAAACAGAACAAGAAGAAACACACAUUGUUAAGCAACACAAUGUAGAAGACCAGGAAGAAGAAAAAGAUCGCGAAGAAGAAGAUGAAUAUGACGAAGAACAAGAAUCAGAACAAGAGCUAUAUAAGGCAGGAUGCAACGAAGAUGAAGAUGACGAAGAAUGGUCUGAAACAGAGCAAGAAGAAACACACAUUGUUAAGCAACUUUUCGUGAUUUAUACAAAGAAAACUUUCUUUUCUUUUUUUUGCAGGAGUCACGCGUUAUUGGAAUCCUUAGCUUUUAAUGGAAACGUUGAGAUAUGCCAAGUCAAGUUUCAUAUCGGGAGUCAUCAUGAUAAUCACGUUUUGAUUUUAACCUCGAAUAAUGUGUUAAGAUUAUACACCGUCUCAGAAGGAUCGACAUCAUGUUUAGGAACGUAUUCGAUCGGAAUCCAACCAAUCGGCCGAUUCCCAGCCACGAAAACCUCGUUUUUAGAAGCACUCGGCGACACAGCGGUCGAUUUCGAUUUUGGCCAACCAGAAAUCAAAAAAACCCAACCAAAAUCAAAAUUAAAAUCAAAACCAAAAUCCGCCGUCGAUCGAUUCAACAAUUUAAACAUCUCCAGUUUCGAAAUGGAUCAAAAAAUUAAUUUGGAUUGGCCGAUUUAUGUUUUGUAUAAAAACGGGGAUGUUUACGUGGUGAUUUUGGAUUUGUUUAAAUCCCCGGCGAUUGUUAAAGGUCCUUUGGAGAUUUUUCCGAAAAAUCAAGAGAAUUAUGGGGAAAAUUCUUGCUCGAUUUUAGCCCUCCCAUCAAUCCCAACGAUUUUAUGUAUUUCUACAGAAAAUGGGACAAUUCACCACGGGAUUAUUUUAAGUACGGACCAAGAGAAUGAAGAUUACAUUUUGGAAAUGUCUAAAGAAGAGAGACCGAGUUUUAUUAAAAAUCCCGAUCGAGCUUUGUAUAUUUUCGAGUGUAUUGAGUUGGAAUUGGGUUAUUUGGAGGAUUCGAUUUCAAAAACGAUUAAUUUCCAUCCAAACCAAGCGAAUUCGAGCCAAUACUUCGUUUAUCAUUUAACAGGAGUCCAUUCGAUCCAUUUAAAAUGCUUGGAAAGGUUGAAUAAGUUCAUUGAUUUCGAAAAUGAUUGCUCAGAAAUCGAUAUUUUCAGCGAUACUUCGCUGGUCGAUUACGUUUUGUGCACAAAUUUGAGUCAAAAAGUGGAUGAGAAAUCGGAAAAUUUAAACCCUGUCAUUGGUUUUACGAUAUUUUACGAUUUCCCAUCGAUUUUAAUUUUAUUAUCAAACUCUCAAUUAGUCACUUUACCUUUAUCUUCAUUAUUUUCGGCCCCAAAUCUCGAUUUAAACGACCCCGACGAUUUAAAAAACAUGAAUUCGCCUCUAAAAACGAUUCUAAACGAGCCUUUCGAUGUGAAGAUACAAAAAAUUCUUCAAUUAUCUUCAAAUCCAAUAUUAAAAAUUCAACAAAAAACGAAUCCGACGCAACAGGAAUGUUUCGAUUUACUCCAAAAUUCGUCGAAAUUACUUCGCGAGCGCUUCAAAAAUCAUUUUUCCGCAAAAAACGAAAUCGAAAAGCGUUUAAAAACUUUAUCGAAACUCAAAGAGUUGCAAAAAGGGGACAUUUUGAAACUAAAAGAUGACCAAAUUGAUUUGAGAAACACCGCGGAGAACUUGGCGGAAAAAUACGAAGACAUCAAAGACAAACAAGACGAGAUUUUGAAGCGUUGCGAGACUUUAUUGGUACAAAUUUCGAAGAGAAAAGUUGAACCGAGUAAGGCGGAGAAAUCGUUUUUGGGGGAAUUGGAGAGUUCAGGGGAGAAAAUCGUGCUUUAUGGGAAAGCGAUUCAAAAGUUGAAGGAGAAAAUUAAAUACCAAGAGAUUCAAAUGAAAAAUUGGCAUGAUCAGACGAAAAGUGAACACAAAAGUAUUGGAAUUGUGCAAAUUGAGGCGAUUAAAUCGAAUUUGCAAGAUAUGACCGAGAAGAUUACGAAUAUGAUUUCGGAAAUUAACGAUUAUAAGAAACAAAUCCACAUGAAAUGAUUUAAUUUUAAUGUUUUUUUUGUAUUAUUAAAUAAUUCUUCAAGAUA